AUGGCAAGGCUAGUUCUGUUGCUUUUGAUUAUUUCCACUGCAAUUAUUGGCGUCUUUGCCAAAAAUACUGCUGAUUUCUCAGAAUCUGCUUCGAAUAAAAUGCAAGUUAAGCCAGGAUCAACAACUAGUGAUCUUCAAGCUACUGACACUUCAAGUUCAGAUCCUGCAACUUCAGAGGAAGCGGCUUCUGACAAUACAGAUCAGGCUGCAACAAGUGAAGAAGCAACAACCGAAGAAGCUGCAGCUGAAGAGGCUACAACUGAGAAUUCUGCAAGUGAGCAGAGUGUAGAAGCUGCAAGUGAAGAAGCCGCAACAGAAGGAGCUACAACUGAAGAAGCUGCAAGCGAGGAAGCUACAACUGAAGAAGCUGCAAGCGAGGAAGCUACAACUGAAGAAGCUGCAAGCGAGGAAGCUUCAACUGAGCCUUUCUCUUCAGAUACUUCUACAAGUGAGCAGCCAGCUGAAACUUCAGCUUCAGGAGACAGCUCAACAACAGAAAGUGAUCCAUCAUCAAAUGGAAAUGCAGCAGAGGGAACUGAAGAAGCUACAAAUACAGAGAGCACUGAUAAUGCAGCAAGUGAAAGCUCUGAAAGCAGUCCAGAAACGACGACUUCUGAAGAAUCCUCUCAAGAACCUGUAGACUCUGCAGCUGCUGAGGAAACUUCAUCUGAUAGCUCUCAGACAAGUUCUGAUCCUACCACUUCUGAGACAGAUCAGUCAACUGAAGAGGCUACAAGUGAGGAAAGCUCGAGUGAAGAAACUAGCAAUGAUUCUACCACCCAAGAAGAAGCCACUUCAGAAACACCAGCAGAGUCUAGUGAAGGAACUACUCAAGAAGAAACUAGCUCAGAAGAGCCAACUGAAGCCCAACCAAGCGAAGAAUCAACAAGUGAAGAAGCAACAAGUGACUCAAGCACCCAAGAAGAAAGCACUACAGAAACACCAACUAAUGCUGAUGAAGCCUCAGAGCAAGAAACUAAUACAUCAACAAGUGAAGAAACAACAAAUCCUGAUACUCCUGCAGAGGAAACUACUCAACCGGCUGAAGAAACAUCAUCUGAAGAGACUGGAAGCUCUGAAGAAGCUACAAGCGAAACCCAGCCAGAUCAAGGAAGCUCUGAAGAAGAGACGGCUGAAAGUUCAAGUGAACAGCCUACAGAAGAGUCUAGUGAACAGCCUACAGAAGAGUCUAGUGAACAGCCUACAGAAGAGUCUAGUGAACAACCUACAGAAGAGUCUAGUGAACAGCCUGCAGAAGACACUAGUGAAGGGACCAGCGAAGAGACAACAGAAGAAGCAAGUGAAGAGCAAACAGAAGGUUCAAGCGAAGAGCAAACUGAAGAGUCAAGUGAAGAGCAAACUGAUGGGUCAUCCGAAGAAGAAACUUCUGGUUCAUCAGAAGAGCCUGAAAAAGAAACUGAAGAAACUUCUGAUGAUGAAGAAGUCAAUCCAACUCCGAUAGCUCCUACUCCUCUUAUUUGUCCAAAAUUCACAUGUAGCAGCACCAAAAAACCUUACUGUAUUUCCACAGAUGGUGAAUUUGUUAAACAUUAUAAGUGUGAAGGAGACAAAACUUGUGGAGAUUAUAGCCUAUCAUCUCCAGCCUCAACGGACUGCUAUUCAUCUGAUGAAAACUCAAGCUCUGAAUCAGAAAAGUCAUGCCCUUCAUAUGCUAAAGAAGGAGAAUCCUGCAGCUCUACAGCACUCUGUGGCAAAGGCUACUAUUGUAAACAAGAUACAGGAUCGUGCUCAAAGAAAACGUCUAAAGGAAAAUCUUGCAGCACUUUAUAUGAAUGCACUGAAGGAUCAAUCUGCAAUAAAGGCAAAUGCAUUGAGUAUUUUUCUCUUCCUGAUGGCUCGCAAGCUGACUCUAAAUUAGCAUGUGAUUCUGCUAUAGUAAAAGAUGGAAUUUGCCAAGUACCUUCAAAGUCGCCUAAGGAGCUUCCAAUUGGGUGUGUAUAUGACACCGACUGUGUUUCCACAAAUGGAACCCCUGGAAAAUGCGCGUGCUCAGCCAAUAAGGAUGGAAAUGCAUAUUGCAAGCUUUAUGAAUCUGACGAGCUUAGUAAAAGAUAUAUUGCAUUAGCAAAUGAUGGAGAUAUUGCUGCCAGCCAAGUCGCGCUUAGUGAAUUGAUUAAUUAUCCGACACUUCAAACGAUAAAUGAUUGUUUUGAAGACUCUUUGGAAUAUAAAGCAUAUCAGAAGUUAAUAGAUUGGUCAGAAAAUUGCCAUUCUAAUGCUGUAGUAUUAGGCUUAUCCUUUAUAUGGGCUAUUUUAGUCCAAUAA